UUCACCAAGAAGAAGCAAAACUUGCCCAAGCGAGCAACUACUUGGCGGUGAAUUUGUACAAACUACUCGCUGAAGAGAAGCACAAUAUCUUGUUUUCCCCUUUCAGUAUCUCCACUGGAUUUGCCAUGCUCUUUUGCGGAUCAAGGAACAAGACUGCUGCAGAAAUGAGAUCUGUUUUGGGAUAUGAUCAUGCCAGUUUAGAGGAUGGGAACAUUUCAGCAGCGUUUGGUAAAUUGGUAUCUUCUUUUGAGAAGUCCUCUGUGGGUUGUGUUCUAGCAAUGGCCAAUUCCUUGAUGAGUCAAGAAGAUUUUAAAGUUAAAGAGGAUUACAAGUCGAUUCUCACGAAAUCAUUCCAAGCCACGCUGUUUGAAGUUAAUUUUCAGAAAGAAACCGAGAAAGUUCUCAACCUAAUAAACGGAUGGGCAAAAGAAAAGACUAAUGGCAAGAUCACCAGCAUGUUGGAUACCAUUAGAACAUCAACGGUGUUGAUUCUUUUAAAUGCUGUGUACUUCAAAGGAAAAUGGCAGCACAAGUUUCAAGAAAAGAGAACUUACCUCCAGCGCUUCUACAACAACGGCAUUGAAAAUCAAGCUAAGCAAGUCCACAUGAUGCACCUGAGAGAAAGUUUUCCUUACGUAGAAAAAGAAACUUUCCAAGCAUUGCAAUUACCUUAUAAAGGGGGAGAAAUUUCAAUGAUGGUACUUCUCCCAAAUUCCAGAAACGGCAUCGAAGAUUUAGAAUCGAAACUGACUCCCAGUCUCUUGCAAAGCUUGAAGCAAAGGAUGUGCGAUACUGAAGUCGAUGUAGCUCUCCCUAAAUUUAAAUUUGAAUAUUCGAAAGACUUGAAGGAAUAUUUCAAGCGAUUGGGAUUGAGUGAAACAUUUCAGAUUGGAGCUGACUUCGGUGGUAUCAACGAAUCGAAACAACUUGUUCUUUCUGAGGUUGUGCACAAGGCUGUUCUGGAAAUAAAUGAGGAAGGCAGCGAGGCUGCUGCAGUUACACGUCAUGAUGUUGAUCAAGUCUGUGAUUUUAUGUGCCCCCAGUUUAUUGUCGAUCAUCCAUUUCUUUUCGUCAUACAUAAUGUGAGAAACAAUAUAAUUCUUUUCAUGGGCAGAGUUAAUGAACUCGGUCGUCAGAUUUCCCAAGAAGAUCUAGUAGUCACUGAAGCAAACAACUAUUUGGCUGUUAAUUUGUACAGAUUGCUUGCCAACGAAAAGCAGAACGUGUUUUUUUCACCCAUCAGUGUUUCUGCUGCUAUGGCCAUGCUAUUUUGCGGUGCCAAAAACGAGACAGCUGCAGAAAUGAGAUCUGUUUUGGGAUACGAGCACGCCAAUAUCGAGGAUGAGACCAUUUCAACGUUAUUAAGCAACAUUCUAUCGUCCAUUGAAGAUGGUUCGGAGCAUUAUACCCUGACAAUGGCCAACUGCUUGCUGAGUAAUUCAGAUUUCAAGGUUAAAAAUGAGUUUAAAUCCUUGCUUUGUAACUCAUUUAAGGCCAAGAUAGCAGAAGUUGAUUUCCAGAACGAAAAAGAAGUUCUAGACGAGAUCAACAGAUGGGUCAACGAAAAAACUUCUGGCAAAAUUUCGAGCUUGUUGGACUCGCUUGAUCCAAUGACCGUCAUGGUUCUUCUUAAUGCAGUUUAUUUCAAAGGCAACUGGUUGCAUGAAUUUCCAAAGGAAUCAACUGAUCUCCAAUGCUUCUACAACCACGGUGAGAAGAACGACGCCAAAGAAGUAAAUAUGAUGCAUUUGAAAGCUAAAUUUUCUUACACAGAAAACGAAUCUUACAAAGCUCUGCAACUACCAUAUUUAGGAAAUGAAAUUGCCAUGGUGGUCCUGUUGCCUAACGCCAUGGAUGGCUUGGAAAGUUUGGAGCGUGAGUUGACACCAAGUAUGCUCAACGAUUUGAAACGGAAAAUGCGCAGUACCAAAGUCGAAGUAGCUUUGCCUAAAUUCAAACUGGAGUAUUUGAAACCCCUAACAGAGUACUUUCAGAAACUGGGUUUGAAUAAAGUAUUUCAGUGUGGUGCCGAUCUCGGUAAUAUUAACGACUCCAAGAACCUUUUAGUUUCUGAAAUAAUGCAUAAAGCUGUUCUCGAUGUAAAUGAAGAGGGAAGUGAAGCUGCUGCUGUUACCGCAGUUGUUGUCGUUGGUUACUCAUUAUCAUUCGACCCUGAAUUUAUUGCAGAUCAUCCCUUCAUUUUUGUUAUAUAUAAUACCAAAACAAAUCUCAUUCUUUUCAUGGGCAAAGUCGAAGAGUUAUAAUCUUGGAAGAAACUGACUUUCAAACUCUAUAUUGGAUU